AUGGGCGCGGACCUAUCACCUGUCAAGAAGCGAACAUCCGAUUGCAUGAAACACUUACACGAGCUUCUGACGCCCCUUCAUCAGAGUCGCCAAGAUAUGUUCUCUGUUCGUAUUGAACACAACGCAUCAAGGCCAGUCAGCCGUCUCCCAUUUGAGCUGCUUCAGGCCAUCUUCAUCCUGUCCCACGACUCUCCCACAUCGUCCUCCAUUGUUUCGUGGCAAGGAGCCGAUCACCGUCCCCAGUUUCACUGGCCGUCCGCGCUGGCGCAGGUUUGCGGCAUCUGGCGGCAAGUGGCCUUGAACACCUCCACCCUCUGGACCAGUUUGGAAGUCUGGGCAUUCCCGACGCUCGCAUUUCACAUCUCAGAAAUCUUUCCAGAAGAACCCCUACGUAUCUUUCACUACGGGUUCGACCUCUUUGGGGACGAGUCACUCAGAACGCUGUCCGCGAUUAUCGCCAAAGAUCGUGCUCGGAUCGUCGAGCUCGGUAUCUACCUCAUGGGACACUCCCACAUCAGCAUGGAUGUCAUCCUGGACAUGUUCCAAGGAUAUGCCCCCCUCCUACAACGGCUGGUCGUAGAUACAGCAGGGGGGCUGGCACUCCAUAGUCGCGACGAACUCGUCAGAAUUGAAACGCGCCUAUCGAACAUUCACGCUCCAGCCCUUAGCAACUUGAAACUGCGCUGCCUCGCGUCGCCCACGGUAUGGAAAUCUAAGCUCAUACGCUCUUCCGCGCUAUCCCAUCUGUCCAUCGAGCACAUCCAUACGGUGCAUCGGAUCCCGAAGCCCACUCUUCACGAGAUCCUGAUCGCUUUGGAACACAUACCGUCCUUACAGGUCUUGCAGCUCGCACACUGCCUGGAACACGAAAUGGGUGGAGUGAUAUCACGGAGGCAGCCGAAUAUGUGGUGCCUCCGCGAACUCGAAAUACGGGAUAGUUGCUGCGGAUGCACCAACAUUUUUAGGAACCUGACGCUUGCACAACCCUUGACACGGCUCGCCCUGAGCUGCACGUCUAGUCGGUGCCCAAGAUGUCCCGAGCUUGCCGCCGAGCUGUGGCAGCUUGCGGAAAAUGGCUGCGAUCUGCCGGGGGAACUGGAAAUGGAGAUAGACUGGGCGAACUCGUACCAGCUCGUAAUCCGCUGCCGCCACGACGCUCUUGUUACCAAAAUCCGCGAUCCAUUCUAUAUUGAGAUGCAAGACCAAACGGAGUACGACGUAUGGAACACGGUCUGUCAUCUGGGGCCGGUUCUACCAAGUGGAAGGAUCACGAAGUUGACGUUAUGGGGGGUUCGCCCUUGGUCGCAUCCACACUCAAGCUUCAGAGAUGUUCUUCGCCGCUGGACAUCUAUAAGGAAUAUAUCAGUCCAUUGUCGCGGGGCAGCUAUUUCAUUGCUACAAGCUUUCCGGGCCCCGGAAUCAUCCAUGCCCGAACUCGAUCGGUUGAACUGGGUUCUUCCGAGCCUAAGUGCGUUGACCAUAUGCGACGUUUGGAAUUCGUCUCAUCAAAGUGUUGAUGGGUCGUGGCUCGACAUCUGCCACGACGAGGUAGAGAGGCGUCGUCGCGCGAAGGGAGAGGAUAGCGAGCCGACGUUCAGAUUUCUCAGCAUCCAGAGGUGUGCCGGUAUCUCGCAGGAAGCACUGGCUGCGCUAGAGAAGAUUGUACCCUGCUUGCAUGUCGCACAUGGGGGAGAGUAUGUCUGUGACCCGGAAGACGAAUAUAUGUGA